AUGGGUCUAAAAUCUGUGUUGUGUGCCAAGAUAGAAAUGAAGGCUAACAAGGAUAUAUUUCAUGAUGUUUUUACAAAUAAACCACAUCAUGUCUCUGCUAUGUCCCCUUUGCAUGUACAAGGUUUUGAUCUUCUUGAAGGUGAUAUUGGAACUGUUGGAUUCAAAGAAGAUGGGGAAAAGAAUAUCUCUAAACAAAUACUUGAAGCUAUAGAUCAUGAAAAUAAGGUGCUCACACUCAAAGAAUUUGAAGGAGAUGUAACAGAUAAAUAUGAUAGUUUUAAAGCAACUCUUCAUAUCGAAACAAAAGAUGAAAUCGAUUUGGUAAGCUGGACAUUGGAUUUUGAAAGGCCAAAUGAAAAUGUCCCUGAACUUAUAAGAUUGUUGAACUUCAUUGUUGGUAUGACCAAAGUUGUUGAUGAUCACCAUGGCAAUUGA